UCUCCUCCAUCACUCUCCCUUACCUCGUGCUCUCAUUCAUUCACUCCCUCCCUCCCUCCCUCCCUUCUUUCAUUUACAAAAGAGAGAGAGAGAGAUUCCAUCUUUUUCUUUUUCUCUUAAAUCUGGUCAAUUUCUCUUAAAUUACGCUUCAUUUUUUGAUUUUCAUGAAUACCCGUUUCUUUUUAGGGUGAAUUCCGUUCUGGGUAUUUCUUAAUUUUGGAUUUGGAUGGCAAAAACAGGGGUUGUUUCUGAAGGAGAUUCAAUUAGGUUACUUGAGUUGAAAAAAGAACUUAGAUUGUUAGUCAAAGCUAUUUUAGAAGAAGAAGAUGGGUCAAAUUCUAAUUCGUCUUCUUCAACUUUUGUUGUUGACGCCAUUGAUAAAGCCAAAGACAUUCUUUCUACUUUAAAAGAUGUUAAAUGGAAGAAAACGGCGUCGUUAAGGCUGGAUGAUGCCUCUUUCUCUUGUCCUCCUGAGUUUCGUUGUCCUCUCUCUAAACAACUCAUGCAAGAUCCUGUGAUUAUUUCCACUGGCCAGACUUAUGAUAGACCCUUUAUCCAAAAAUGGUUGAAAGCAGGGCAUAGGAUAUGCCCAAUUACACAACAGGUCCUCUCACACUCACUCCUCACGCCGAAUUACCUGAUUAGAGAGAUGAUUGCUCAAUGGUGUGAAAGCCGGGGAAUCGAGAAUCCUGAUCCUGUUGGGUAUGUAAAUGAAGAAGGGGUUACCGAGGCUGAUCGAGACUACUUUUCUUCUUUGAUUGACAAAAUGUCCAAGUCAAUUGGCGAGCAAAAGGCUGCUGCCAAAGAACUUCGGCUUCUUACCAAACGAAUGCCCUCAUUUCGGGCACUUUUUGGUGAGUCAACAGAGGCUAUACCUCAUUUGUUAGAACCCCUAACACGGAGGAGGAGAGGAUCGUUGUCAUCUGGGUGUCAUGAUCUUCACCCCGAUCUUCAAGAAGAUUUGAUCACAACUUUAUUGAACAUUUCAAUCCAUGAUAGCAACAAAAAGCUUGUUGCCGAGACACCUAUGGUGAUCACAUUACUAAUAGAUGCAUUACAGUGUGGAACACCCGAAACACGGAGCAAUGCUGCAGCAGCACUCUUCACGUUAUCCGCCCUCGAUUCAAAUAAGGUAUUGAUCGGAAAAUCCGGUGCGUUGAAACCCUUAAUCAAUCUCUUAGAAGAAGGACACCCAAUGGGCGUAAAAGAUGCAGCCUCGGCUAUAUUCAACCUUUGUAUUAAACCAGAGAAUAAGGCAAUAGCCGUCCGUGAAAAGGCAGUACGAGUGAUUUUAAAGAAGAUCAAGAAUGGGGUGCACGUCGAUGAGUUAUUAGCAAUACUAGCCAUGCUAUCAACCCAUCAAAGGGCAGUAGACGAGCUGGCUGAGCUCGACGCAGUUCCUUGUCUACUAAAAAUCAUGAGGGAAAGCUCGUGUUCUCGAAACAAAGAGAACUGUAUAGCUACUCUCUACACAAUCUGCAUAAACCACAGGACUAAGUUGCGAGAGCUACGAGAAGAGGAGCGAACAUACAGCACAUUAUCACAGCUAGCACAAGACGGAACUUCAAGGGCUAAGAGAAAAGCUAAUGGCAUACUUGAAAGAUUAAACAGAGCCAUGAAUCUUACUCACACUGCUUGACUGGUUCAUGAAGUUCCUGAGAUGCAGGAACACAUACCCAGAAAUAAGAACUCCUGUAAAUUUUGCUGUUUUUUUUUUUUCUUUUUUUGUAAAUUUUGCUUUUUUUUUUUAUUUGUUUAUCUUAGGUUAAGUAAUGAGCUCUAUCAUCAUCUGUGAAUAAUAAUAAUAGAAGAAAAUGAGAGAGUAUUAUUAUCUACAAAAAUCAUAUAGUACCUCCUACAAAAGAUCAAUAUUUAUGUUAUAUGUGGCAAUUUUGGUGUA